AUGAAACUCAGCAACAUUAUCGGUGUGCUAGGCGUGGCUGCUUUGGCAUUCUCGAGCAACACUGUGGAUGCGUCGACGGCAGCUGCGCAGACGUUGGGACAUCUGCGUCAUCGAUACCACCGACAUGAUCACAGUCACAGAUAUGGUCGGCGAUCCGUCUACGAUGACGAUGACGACAGUAAGUGA